AAGCCAAUGAGAGAGUGAGUGAGAGUGGAGUUGAGAGAAAGAAAAAUAUUGUAUGAAAAAUAAUUGGAGCUUCUCCCGCUGCCUGCCGCUGCCUGUUAGUCUAUCAAAGAUAUCCAGACCCUGGCAUUCAGAGCGAUUCACUUGGGCCUAUCUUUACCGUUUGCCAAUCACUAGCUGGUAUCCUCUUCAUUCUUUCCGCACUCAACCUGUGUACCUUGUUGAAAGCCGCCAUCUCUCUGUUUUAAACUUGAGGCUUUUGUGUGGUUACAUGAAAGGCAACAACCAUGGCUGCCAAUAGCCAGUAUUCUUUACAAGAUGCCCUGAAUGCUAUCUGGGCGGCCAUCGCAGCGCUCAACAGGAGGCUCGAUACGGUGGAUACAAACCUGCAGGAAAAGAUCAAAAUCCUAGCAGGUGGAAAGGCAGAAGAAGGGCAAACCACGGCUGGAGAAGAAAGUAAACCGACAGAGAGCCCAGCUGAACCAGCAGCAGCAGCGGCGGCAAGCCCUGCCCCACAAGAAGCUGGGGGUGAGUCUAACGCAGCAGCCCCGGAAGCAGCCAGCCAAGACACCAAACCUGCCCAGGAACCAGCUCAAGUGAAGCCAGCAGAAGAAACUACUACCAAAGAGGAAACUCCGGCUGCAGAGCCUCAGCCAGCAGCCGUUGAAGAAAAAUCAUCAGAACCUGCAUCAGAGGAGCCUAAAGCAGAAUCAGCAGCAUCACCAGAACCAGUAUCAACGGAACCAGCAGCUGCUGAAGCUGUACCAACCGAACCAUCGGAACCAUCAUCAGUACCAUCAACUCAACCAGAUGAGCCUGCUCCUGUAUCAGCAGAACCUGAACCCGUCAAAGAACAAGCGCCUUCAGAACCAUCCCAACCAGAGCAGGUACCGUCAGAACCUGAACCAACACCUGCUGCACCUGUUGUAGCUGCUGCUCCUGCAGAGCCCUCACCUGCACCCCCUGCACCAGUUGAAAGUGCACCCGAGGAACCGUCCCAACCAGAACCUGAACCAGCAGCAUCAGAAGCCACUCCAGAGCCUGCACCAGAAACAACACCAGAACCAGUAACACCAGUAGUAGAACCUUCCCAAGAACCCACUCCAGAACCCACACCUGCACCUGCACAAACAGAUUCAGUGGAGGAACCAAAAGCAGAAGAGCCUUCAGAACCAACAGAAGUUACAACUCCUUCAGAGACACCGGUUGAGACACCAUCGGAAGCACCGAUGGAAGCUCCAUCAGAAGCACCUGUCGUAACACCAUCAGAAGCACCAGUAGAAACACCUUCAGCUCCAGUGGAAACACCUGCUCAGGCACCAGUAGAGACGCCUUCAGAGACACCGGUAGAAGUACCAGCUGAAACACCUGCAGAAACGCCAGCCGAAACACCAGCAGAAAUACCAGCAGAAACACCGGCAGAAACACCGGCAGAAACACCUGCUCAAACUCCGGCAGAAACACCAGCUGAAACACCAGCAGAAGCACCAGUAGAAACACCCGUAGAAGCACCAUCAGAAACACCUGCAGACACACCAGCUGACACACCAGCUGAAGCACCAGCUGAAACACCAGCAGAAACACCAGCAGAAACAGCAGCAGAAACACCAGUUGAAACACCGGCAGAAACACCUGCUCAAACACCGGCAGAAGCACCAGCUGAAACACCAGCAGAAACACUGACAGAAACACCGGUUGAGCCUGCUGCAGAACCCGAGCCAGCCAAACCCGAGACUGCUGCAGAACCCGAGCCAGCAGCGACCUCCGAGAACACCGCACCAGAGGUGAACGGAGAUGCCGCCCCUGAGGCCGAUCAGCCAGCUGAGACACCAGCUCCAGAGGAACCAUCCAAGGAGACCGCAGCGGUAGAAGCCAAAGAGGCCGAUGACAGUCCUGUAUCAGAAUCAGCAAUUACAAAUGGACCAUCGGGAGACCAACCCACAGAGGAGAAGAAGACGUCUGUUGAAUUCCGCUGGGAGGAGGGUGGACAGGAUGUCUUUGUCACCGGUAGCUUCAAUGACUGGAAAGAAAGAGUGCAACUAACGCAAGUUGAUGGCUGCUUCAGUGUUAAAAUGGACCUCCUUGCAGGAGACUACAGCUACAAGUUUGUAGUCGAUGGUGAAGACAAGGUAGACUCCAAGCAGGCCACCGUAGAAGGCGAGCUCGGUCUGAACAACACCGUAACUGUGGCAUGAAUGCAACACCAUCGGUCGUAGAGUUUAUAACGUCUGUAAAUUUCUUUGCUGAUCAGCUGCAUGGAAUCCUACAGCCGCUUGGUCCUGUACUGUAACUAACGCUAGAAUUUUAUGUUUAAAGAAUGUGGGAACCGAUUCGCCAUUCAUUUGGAAUGGAGAGAGAAAAAAAAAGUUGGAUGCUAUUUCCAGUCAUUCCCUUGUAUUUAUGGCUGUGCAGUUAAAUAAAACAUUCAUGAAAUGAUAUGUGUUCAUUUUGUAGAUCAGAGGUUUCAAAAACAUGCCUCCUCGAAGCCACUGCUACAGAUACAGCAUGAAAAAAAGAAGAAAAUCAUGUAUUCUUUAUAUCUCUUUUUAUAUAUCCAUUGUAAAUCCAAGUAAUAUUGAUUAAUCAAUUGAAUAUUUGAAAUGAUUCCCAAAUGUACAGUUAUUUUGCAACAAAUAUAAUGUAAUAUUAUGUAAGGGUCAUGACCUGUUGCUAUUACUUCUAUAGAUAUCUUGCUUUUAUCCCAGUCUGGAUAAUAGUGAUAGCAUGAAGUUAUGAAAAGCUAAAAUCCUGUCAUGGCUUGAAGAAAGAAAGAAGCUUUGAUGAUCAACUAUGUCCAAAAAAUGAUGUGCAUAAUGAUUACAAAUGUUGUAAGAUAUCAGAAUGGUAAUGUUAUGUGAGCCUUGUACUGCAUGUGCAUAAGAUAAGAAUCUUUGCUUUAACUGGCCAGUGAGAUUGUAUAUGCUUAGCUUGUGUAAUAUCGAAGCAUUGGAUAUUCCAAUGUGAUCUAUAGCUUCAAAAUUUUGAGCUGGAGAAUUAUUUAUAAAGAACUCUUCAAAAACAAUGUAAAUUUGAGUUGGAGAGCUUCAUACUUCAUGGAGGUAGGUAGGGGUUAUGUUUUGAUGAUGUCGAUUGUUACCGAGUCUAUGAUUUUUGAAGACUGCCUUCUGGGUAAUUUAGUCGAAAUGCUGGUAUUUCACAUUAGCAAGCUGGGUAUUAUUAUGAUUUUAUUGUUUAUGUAUGAGAAAUGAUUUUAGCCAGGAACAAAUGGAACAAAAAUGAUGUAUUUAUGGUUUGAAGGUUUAACCCUCAAUGUAUCUCUGUUCACCUUAAUUUGCAUAUACACAUUUAAAGUGUUAUAUUUAUAAAUUGUUUUAAUUGUACUGUUUGGUGUAAUCAUUUAUUAUGUAUACAUGCAUUUUUUUUUUCUAUUUAAAUGAUUAUUUUUAGUAGCGUUUAUGGUAGAUGGUAUUAGCUGGUAUUGUAUUUAGAGUAGGUGUAGUUCAUUGAAAACAAUUUGUAAUUCAGUAUUUUGACGACAUUUGCAAAAGCACUGCAAUUAUUUCAAACAGUAAGAAUCUGCAUACAUCCAAGUGCCUGUGUGAUGUAUUUUGUAUUUGUUAAUGCAUUGUAACUUUGUAAUGAAAUGAAUAUCAACUCACAUUCAGCAUUAGUUCUUUAAGGAUGUAAAAAAUUGUCAUCAAAGUGCAAAGUGUAUUUUACAUAUUAUUUCUGAUGGCAGAAUUGGUACAAAAAAUAUGCUUAUGGAAACAAAAUUCACGAUUUAACAAAAGGAUUUAACAAAAGACUUGUUUUAAUAAUCAAGUGAUAUUUCAAAACAAAGUCUGAUUGUACUCUGCGGUUUUUACAUUAAAUGUGCAGGGAAUUAGUGGACAUUCAAAUGUCUUUCUUUAAAUGAUCUAAUGUUUAUGACCAUCAUUGUGGGAGGUUUUAAAUCUAUUGCAGCAGAAAAUCAUAAAAGAAAAAGAGAUAUAAGUUGAAAAAUAGUCUGAUUAUUAUUUAAUCACCUAUUCAGACAGGAAAUGUGGUUAUGAAUUAUUUUGAUCACCAAAUGGUAUUAGCAAUAAACAACAAACCCAGGGUCGCCAUUUUUUAGUUCCACGUGCCUUGAUCUACACGGCAGCCAGAAGCCAAGAAUCAGAACGUGCUGGUUUUUUUUGUAUUGUGUUUUUGUAUCAUCCAUGUUAAUUUACAUUACAAACCAAAUCAUCAACAAUGUGUGCUAUGUAUAGUGCCUUGCCAAACAGCCAAAGCCUACAUGGAAAUGCCAUUAUACGUACAAUUGAUUUGAUAGCAACUCAGAAAUCAUCAUAAAAUACUGUUUAUAUUUCGUGUUUAAUGUAAUAUGCUAUAUCCGUACAAUCAAUUUGAUUGCAUCUCAGAAAUCAUCAUAAAAUACUGUUUAGGGUUGUUGAUUUUUUAAUAUCGUCAGCUCAGCAGACAUCAGAUACAGUUUAGUUUUGUCUAUUUUGAUUCAUAGAUUCUUGCCUCUAUUAUUUUUCUUAGCCAAAUUCGGACAACUCGUGAUCACCAUGUGCAAAUAUCUGAUUUUCUUUUUAUUGUUUGAUACCGUGUAAUGUACAAUGUAUUUGUAUUAUGUAUUCCCCUCUAUUAACCCCCCCCCCCCCACCUCCCCCUCCGCCCAUCUACCUAAUUCCAUCCACAUAUCACUCUUUCUCUCUCUCUCUCUCUCUCUCUCUCUCUCUCUCUCUCUCUUUCUCUCCAAUGUUCUGGAUAAAAAAAACCAAUGAUUUAUAACUUGGUUACUUCAUGAUAUUGCAAAUAGAUUCUGAGAAUCAGCUAUGCGACAUAUCAAAUGAAUCAUCAGACAAUUGAUUUGAUUUGUUUAUUUUUAUUAGUAUAUGUUCAAUCUUUCCUGCAUCUAUCAGUGGUGUGACUUUUGUAUUAGUUUAAGCAUUUCUUUUAAUCUCUCUACAGAAAAAUAUAUAUGCAGAGAAGCAGGUAGAAAUAUCUACAGUCACAAGCAAUCUACCACCAUCCUAACACCUAAAUUCAGGAAAAAAUAUAUUGUCAUUUUAAUGGUUACCAGUAACUCUAUGUUUUGUGUUAAUUUUUUUUGCAAGAGAAUGAGUUUCUUGUCUGAGAAAUGGAAACGUGUAAGCUGGAUGAUAUAUAUAUGUUGUAUUUGUACAUGACCAGUCCAUGCAUGUAUGUUUGGAUUAUUUUACUUUUCACGAGGACUGCUAUCUACAAGGAUUGCAAUUUGUUACAAUCGGUUCCAAUUCUUGAUAUUCAAGUAAAUGGAAAGGGGGUUGGUAUGCAUUGAGACAUAAGAACCAUCAUAUGAGUUUGUAUGGAUAGCAAACAGACUUUGCUUUCGAUUAUAUUACUUCUUAAAAGAUAGCUGACAAUUUUCCUAGAAAUCAUAUGAUUUUUUCCUAGAAAUUAUGCAAUUUUUGUGUGCUUUUCCAGUCAAAUCCCAAACCUUCACUUCUGUUCCUUUGCUUCAUGUAGACUUAUGAUUAUAAGGUUAAGGUAUCUUAGCAAUAACAGUUAGUGCUAUCAUACCAGUAUGUGUUGGUUGCUUUUGUCUGUAGCACGAUGCACAGUGCAUUUCUGUCUGUAAAUUUGCAAUAACACAGCAAAUGAAAGUGUACUUGUAAUGUUUACAUGCCUUGGUCAUUCUACAUGCUUAUAUAUUGAACAGUAAAACUUGCACAAUCGAAUGUAAAAUAUAAUUGAAAAUGAUAAAAAAAAAUACUGAAUUGAUUUUGAGCUAAUGAAGUACCUUGUAUGUAUACCCACAAUAAAAUGUUAUUCAAUGA